AUGCAGAUGCGGAAACGGGGUAAGGACGAGGAAGAGGAGGAUGAAGAGGAGGAGGAUGAGGAGGAACAGGAGGGUGCGGAAUCUGAUGAUAGUUUUCCGCCGCAGAAGAAGGCGAGAGUGGUGGUGGGGAGGGAAGUAGGUGGGAAAGGAGGAGGGAAGGAAAAGAAAGGAGGGUGGGGGAAUUCGAUUAGGAUGUUGACACAAGCAAUGUUGAAGUUUGGGGAAGCUUAUGAGCAAGCUGAGAGUGCGAAGUUGCAGCAAGUGGUGGAGAUGGAGAAGACGAGGAUGAAGUUUGCGAAAGAGUUGGAGUUGCAAAGGAUGCAGUUUUUUAUGCAGACACAGAUGGAGAUUUCGCAGUUAAAGAAUGGGAGAAAGGGAGCGAAUGCUAGUGAAAAUACAAAGACAAAAGAACUUCCAAUUGAGGACUCGGUAACUUAUGACAACAGGGGUAUCAUUAUCGAUGGGAAGCAUAGAGUGCUGGUGUCCGGAUCCAUUCACUAUCCGAGGAGCACAGCUCAGAUGUGGCCGGAAUUGAUAAAAAAAUCGAAGGAAGGUGGCCUUGACGCCAUAGAAACCUACGUUUUUUGGAAUGCUCAUGAGCCAGCCCGAAGACAAUAUGAUUUUAGUGGAAACCUAGACAUCAUAAGGUUCCUUAAAACAAUUCAAGAGGAAGGACUAUACGCUGUUCUUCGAAUUGGACCAUAUGUUUGUGCUGAAUGGAACUAUGGUGGUUUCCCUGUCUGGUUGCACAAUAUGCCUGGCAUUCAGAUGCGAACUGCUAAUGACGUUUUCAUGGAUGAGAUGAAAAAUUUUACGACAUUGAUAGUAGAUAUGGUGAAGAAAGAAAAUCUCUUUGCAUCACAAGGAGGUCCUGUCAUUCUCGCUCAGAUUGAGAAUGAAUUCGGUAAUGUGGAGUCAUCUUAUGGAGAUGAAGGCAAAGCAUAUAUAGAAUGGUGUGCAAACAUGGCUCAAUCGCUUCACAUUGGAAUUCCAUGGCUUAUGUGCCAACAAGAAGAUGCUCCAGAACCAAUGAUCAACACAUGCAAUGGUUGGUAUUGCGAUCAAUUCACUCCCAAUAGACCUACUGCUCCUAAAAUGUGGACUGAGAAUUGGACCGGUUGGUUUAAGAGUUGGGGUGGUAAAGACCCACUUAGGACUGCUGAAGAUCUUUCUUUUGCUGUUGCAAGAUUUUACCAAUUGGGAGGCACUUUCCAAAAUUACUACAUGUAUCAUGGUGGAACUAAUUUUGGUAGAACAGCUGGUGGUCCAUACAUCACUACAUCUUAUGACUACGAUGCUCCACUAGAUGAAUAUGGAAAUUUGAAUCAACCAAAAUGGGGGCAUUUGAAGCAGCUUCAUGAUGCUUUGCAUUCUAUGGAAGAUACUCUCACAAGAGGGAACAUUUCUUCAGUGGACUUCGGCGAUUCUGUCUCUGGCACUAUAUAUUCAACUGAAAGUGGAUCGAGCUGCUUUUUGGCCAAUGCAGACCAAUCGAAUGAUAGAACAAUCAAUUUUCAAGGCAAUGACUAUCAUGUACCGGCAUGGUCUGUUAGUAUACUUCCUGAUUGUCAGAAUGUGGUAUACAAUACAGCUAAGGUGUCCACUCAAACAUCUGUGAUGGUAAAGAAACCAAAUGCUGCUGAAGAGGAGCCUGCUGCUCUUACAUGGUCAUGGAGGCCUGAAAGCAACGAUAAGUCCAUUCUUUUUGGAAAGGGAGAUGUCACCAUUAAUCGUAUUCUUGACCAGAAAGAGGCAGCAAAUGAUCUAAGUGACUAUCUUUUCUACAUGACAAGUGUUCACCUUAAAGAAGAUGAUCCAAUUUGGGGUGAUAAUAUGACUCUUCGAGUUAACGGCACUGGUCAAAUUCUUCAUAACUAUGGUCCCUUUUUCGAUUUGGCAGAAGCUGGAGUUCCUGGUCCAGUUGAGCUGGUCGGAUACCAUGGCGACGAGACAGUAAUUAAAGACUUGUCUACACAUAAAUGGUCAUAUAAGGUGGGAUUGGAAGGCUUGAACCAAAAACUGUAUAGUUCUGAGUCUCCUUUGUCGUCUAAGUGGCAGCAAGACAGUUACCCUACAAACAAGAUGUUCACAUGGUAUAAGACUACUUUCAAAGCUCCUUUGGGAACAGAUCCUGUUGCCUUAGAUUUACUUGGCAUGGGAAAAGGUCUUGCUUGGGUUAAUGGUAACAGCAUCGGUCGAUACUGGCCAAGUUACAUUGCCGAAGAUGGAUGCAGUCUUGAUACUUGUGAUUAUCGCGGUUCAUAUGACAACAACAAAUGUGUCUAUAACUGUGGCAAUCCAACUCAAAGAUGGUAUCAUGUCCCAAGAUCCUUCUUUAAUGAGAAUGGCGAUAACACUUUGGUCUUGUUUGAAGAAUUUGGUGGAGACCCAUCAUCUGUUAAUUUCCAAACUGUUGCCAUUGGAUCAGCAUGCAUCAAGGCCGAGGAGAAAAACAAAAUCGAGCUCUCAUGCCAAGGAAGACCAAUUUCUGCUAUUAAAUUUGCCAGCUUUGGUAAUCCACUAGGGAGAUGUGGAUCUUUUGCUAAUGGGACCUGUGAAGCUUCAAAUGAUGCUUUAUCAAUUGCAUGUGUUGGCCAGGAGUCGUGCACCAUUGACGUUUCUGAAGAUACAUUUGGCCCAACUACCUGUGGUGAUGAUGUUAUUAAGACCCUUGCUGUGGAGGCAGCAAGAUCCCUCUCCUCUGCUGCAAUUAGGAAGAAUGGUGUCACCGGGCCUAAAAGGAACGUAACUUAUGACAACAGGGGUAUCAUUAUCGAUGGCAAGCAUAGAGUGCUCGUGUCCGGAUCCAUUCACUAUCCGAGGAGCACAACUCAGAUGUGGCCAGAAUUGAUAAAAAAAUCAAAGGAAGGUGGCCUUGACGCCAUAGAAACUUAUGUUUUUUGGAAUGCUCACGAGCCAGCUCGUAGACAAUACGAUUUUAGCGGAAACCUUGAUCUCGUAAGGUUCCUUAAAACAAUUCAAGAUGAAGGACUGUAUGCUGUUCUUCGAAUUGGACCAUAUGUUUGUGCUGAAUGGAAUUAUGGUGGGUUUCCUGUGUGGUUGCACAGUAUGCCUGGUAUUGAGAUGAGAACUGAUAAUGAUGUUUUUAAGAAUGAGAUGCAAAAUUUCACUACAUUGAUAGUUGAUAUGAUGAAACAAGAGAAACUUUUUGCAUCACAAGGAGGUCCUAUUAUUCUUGCUCAGAUUGAGAACGAAUAUGGUAAUAUCAUGAAAGACUAUGGUGAUGCUGGUAAAUCAUAUAUGCAUUGGUGUGCAAACAUGGCUCAAUCCCUUGACAUUGGAGUUCCAUGGAUCAUGUGCCAACAGGAAGAUGCUCCAGAAACAAUGAUCAAUACAUGCAAUGGUUGGUAUUGUGAUGGAUUUUCGCCUAGUAGAUCUGAUGUUCCUAAAAUGUGGACUGAGAAUUGGACUGGCUGGUUUAAGAAUUGGGGUGGUAAGGAUCAACACAGGACAGCUGAGGAUCUUGCUUUUGCUGUAGCAAGAUUUUACGAAUUGGGAGGCACUUUCCAAAACUACUAUAUGUACCAUGGUGGAACUAAUUUUGGUAGAUCAGCCGGCGGUCCAUACAUCGCUACAUCUUAUGAUUAUGAUGCACCACUUGAUGAAUAUGGGAAUUUGAACCAACCAAAAUGGGGCCACUUGAAGCAACUUCAUGACAUUUUGCACUCUAUGGAGGAUACUCUCACAACAGGGAAAACGACAGUCAAUUUCCAAGGCAUAAACUAUACUAUUCCAGCAUGGUCUGUCAGUAUACUUCCUGACUGUCAAAAUGUGGUGUACAAUACAGCUAAGGUUUCCACUCAAACAUCUGUGAUGGUAAAGAAAGCAAACGUUGCUGAAGAUGAGCCUGCUUCUUUCGAAUGGUCAUGGAGACCUGAAAUUAACGACAAGUCCAUCCUUUUUGGAAGGGGAGAUGUAACCAUUGAUCAGCUUAUUGACCAAAAAGAUGCAGCAAAUGAUUUGAGUGAUUAUCUUUUCUACGUGACAAGUCUGCAUCUCCAAAAAGAUGAUCCAAUUUGGAGUCAUAACAUGACACUUAGAGUUAAAACUCAUGGCCAAAUUCUUCACGCAUUUGUUAAUGGAAAACUUAUUGGUUCUCAAUGGUCUAAGAAUGGUGGUCAGAAAUUCGUUUUUGAGCAAAAAGUGAAGCUGCAUCAUGAGAAAAACAUAAUUAGUUUGCUCAGUGGGACCGUUGGAUUUACGAAUUAUGGUACAAAAUUCGAUUUGGUACCAUCUGGAAUUACCGGUCCAGUUGAGUUGAUUGGCCAUCAUGGUGAUGAGAGAAUAGUAAAAGAUUUAUCAUCACAUAAAUGGUCUUACAAGGUUGGAUUGGAAGGCUUGCAGCAAAGACUCUACGAUCUUCAAUCUUCUUCAGCUUUUAAGUGGAAACAAUAUAAUUACCCCAUAAACAGGACUUUAACUUGGUAUAAGACCACCUUCAAAGCUCCUACAGGAACAGAUCCUGUUGUGGUAGAUUUACUUGGGAUGGGAAAAGGUCUUGCUUGGGUUAAUGGUAAUAACAUCGGUCGAUACUGGCCAAGUUUCAUUGCUGAGGAUGGAUGCAACCUUGAACCAUGUGAUUAUCGAGGUUCAUACAAUAAUAACAAAUGUGUCUCUAACUGUGGCAAUCCAACUCAAAGAUGGUAUCAUGUUCCUAGAUCCUUCCUUAAUGACGAAGGUGAUAACACGUUGGUGUUGUUCGAAGAAUUUGGUGGAAACCCAUCAUGGGUUAAUUUCCAAACCGUUGCAAUUGGAUCAGCAUGCAUCAAGGCUGAGGAGAAAAACAAAAUCGAGCUCUCAUGCCAAGGAAGACCAAUUUCUGAGAUUAAAUUUGCCAGCUUCGGUAACCCAGAAGGUUCAUGUGGGUCUUUUCAGAAGGGAUAUUGCGAGGAAGCAAAUGAUGCUUUAUCCAUUGUCCAAAAGGCAUGUGUUGGCCAUGAGUCGUGCACCAUUGAUAUUUCUGAAGAUGCAUUUGGCUCAACUACCUGUGGCGAUGAUGUCAGUAAGACCCUUGCUCUUUUUGAUGAGUCCUACGCCGGGAGAAACUUGUUUACGUCAGAGCUUUGCUCUUAUAUGGCCUGGUUGUCAGCCAUCUAA